AUGAGAGAGACGUUUCAGCAUCGGCAAAAACUCGUCAAUGACUCAGACAAAGCACUUGACAUCCUGUCGAUCUUCCCGAGACUCCUGGAUACCACAGGAUUGGUGAAUCAAGACUUCAUUCUCUUGUUUAAUGACGAGGUAUCCAACCGGCUGCUUCAGCAAUGGGACCCGAUCUUUAGAUGUAAUGUUAUCAAAGAAGCCAAGCAGCUCACUUCAACACCAGAGCUUCGUCAGCUGUUGCAUUCAGCAGAGAGUCCACAAGGCAGUGAUGAGACAAUGACUCAUGACGCAGAGAUGGCCUCGCUUUUGUUGCUGUUAUAUCUUCCACCACCACCUGGGGGGCCAAAGUAUCCAAAAAUCAGCGCCUCUGAUGCAGUUAAAAAAGUUGACUUUCUCAAGUCUUGCUGCAGUUUGGAGGAGCAUCUUCAGAAUCAGCACAACCAUCAGCCGUACCUCCUUGCCGUUGGUCGCGAAAAGAGGAACAUCGACAGAUUCUACAUCUCCAUUGACAACCAUCUCAUCCCAUGCCAGGCAAACCGCUCCCUUGGGGCAUUUGAUGAACUUUUUAAAGCUCAUUGUGUUUUCAGUGUGUCUUAUGAUGGUGCACUUCUGAAUUUCUACACCUUUUUGCAGACAACAGUUUAUAAUAUUGAUAUGGGUAAAAUUAAGGUUUCACCAAGAGUUCGAGACAUGAGAGCCAAACUCCUUAUCCAGGAGGUGCUUCUCACAAUCCAGAUUUAAAGUCAAGACAAUUAAAGGCAUUUUGAUCAAAAUGCUCAUACUUUUUGUGCAAGAAAGUUUGUCCCAGCAGUUGAUUUCACAUAUAAGAGUUGAACAUGGUUAUUAUCCUGGACCAAAGUUCAAGUUGUUUUGUUGUCAGCCAAGUUAUAGGCUUCAGCUUCAAACUGAUGCAGGCUUUAGAAAGCACCUCAACACUGUUCAUAGAGGCGUAGAACAAAUUGUUUUUUCCCGCUCCCAUCCAAGUCUUUUUGUUAUUCUGUCAUGUAAUAUGUUUUAUUUAACUGCAUGAGAGUGAAAUAUUAAAUAUUUUUUAAAUUACA